AUGUGCCACAUUCCUACCCCAGGUGGAAGCCGCAUACCGCCUUGGCGACUGCGUAAGGCGGCUGAACCUGUAACGAAGGCUCGUCGCAGCAAUCGCAUUGCCGUCCGGCGCCUCAUCGCCAACCGCGUCGCAGAUGAUGCUGCUAAUACUAACAUCGAGCACACGAGGCUGGAACACCAGCCGUCUGCACUGAUAAGCAAACUGCCUGACGAGAUUUUGCUCAACAUCAUGGGGCAUCUCAGGGCACACGAUGCUCAGAAUCUCCUGCGCACAUGUCGAAGAUUCGGGCACGGCUUGAGAAACGAAGUGCUGAGGCGCGAUAUCAAAACCAAGACCUACAAUUCUUUGCUUUGCGCAUGCCAAUUUGGCGACGCAGAUCUUGCAAAAAGAUGUCUCCUGGCAGGCGCUUCGCCAAAUGCUGCCUUUUGCUCACAUAGGCGACCUGAGAAGCGCGAUCGCUAUAGCAGACACUUGUCCUCGGCUUGCCACCUCAAACACGAGUGUCCGGUUGUGCCGACUGAGCCUUUCGAGGCGCCAUGGUUGCCACGGUAUGGGCAAUCCUACUGUGCCCUUACCAUGGCCAUAGAACUCAACCAGAUUGCCGUAAUGAAAGUUCUUCUCGGCUUCUGGGACAAUGAGUCCAAGGUGCCAGCUGAGAAGGCCAGCCUAGUUGAAAGACGUCCCAAAGGACCUCACCCAUUGAAGCGUGACAAUUUCAGCCCGAGUCGCUGGCUCCCACACCACCCGGUAGCUCUCAGCCAUGUCCAAUCCCUAGAGGCUGCACAGCUCUUGGUUGCUGCUGGAGAAGCAACAGGGGACACGCACAUUAACGACACCGGAAAUAUGGUUUACACGCCCCUUGAAGUGAUUCUUUAUCGACGCAAACAAAUGAAAAAUUUCGAGCCACAGAAGAAAGCAGAAAAGGAGCUAUUUUCUAUCGUCAAAUUUCUCCUAGACAAUGGAGCGCAUGCGAGACAAAGAAACGGGCCGUUGAUGGGAAUCAAUACUCCACGUCCAUUGUUGUCAGCAAUUGAGACUGGCUGUCAGAGCGUCAUUCAACUCAUGCUCCAAAGCGGUCCAUUGGAUGUGCAAAAUGCCGCAGGAGAAUAUGUCUACGGCUUUAGGCUUGCCAUACAGGGCUUGAACUCCAAUACAUCCGAUGUUAUAUCGCCAACCUUGGGCAUACACCGAAAGGAAGAUCGCGAUAGACUACUGAAUACCUUCCUGAAGGCUGGAGCAUCGCCCAAUGAUCCUGUCGGAGGUGGUAAGCGACCACUGUCCCGGGCAAUUUUGGGUGAAUGCUACGUUUGUGUCAAGUCGCUUCUGCAGUGGAAUGCCGAUCCGAAUUUCACCGAUUCUGACACGCCAUGUGCGCUUGUGCAGUCGCUGACUGGCUAUCAUUCAUGCACAGAGACGGUUGCGAGUUUGUUUACUUUGUUGCUUGAAUAUGGGGCGAACGUCAAUACGCCAUCCCUAACUCCUCAAGGGUUUACACCUCUGAUGUUUGCAACUUCACCUAGUGUCUUGCCAUCAACUUUUGACGUUUUACUAUGGCAUGGGGCGGAGAGGGGAGCUACUGGCCAACUCUCACCAGGAGGCCCGAAACUCUCUGUUCUCCAGUGCCUCAUAUGGGGGUUCACGGAGGCUCGAUCUGACGGUGAUGUACAAGCUUUCCGCCGUAUUCCCCUCAUGAUUACCUGCACAAGCUACCACAACCUAGAAAACCCUUAUGAGCUUCCUCCAGACUUGGUAUCCAAGUUCGACUCGUUCAUUGCGCCAUCUCUAGAAAGUUCGCACUUUCAGACUGACGACGGAAGACACAUACUCAACUGGGCGAUCGACAAUUUGUACGGGGAAGCGUUGAGCUGGGCAAUCAAGUUACUUGUUCCUUUUUACAAAUCUACAAAGCUAGCGACUGACGAGGAAACCCCCCUCUCGACAUUUUUCAGUCUAGCGAGAGCUCGAGGCUACUUGAUGUUCGGAUCCUUGCCAGCGGCAUACGAAGCUCUCCACAUAAUGCUCGAGUGCAACUUGGACGCAUUUGAAGGAGACCGACUUGGAACGAUUCUUCACCAGAUUUGCAAACUUCCCACCGUCCUUUUGGGAGAGUCGGAUCCCGAAUUGUGGAGUCAGGUAUUGAACACUUGCGACGUUGGCCCGAACUACGAAACGGAGUUCCUGAGGAACGUCAAGGUUGAUUGCGACAAAGAGGACCUGAAAGAAUUUGGAAGGCAUGGGACCGGGAUGGUGUUCCUCUUUGGCAUGAAAAUCCGCAAGCAGGAGCUUGAGAAGUUUAAGAGGGGAUAUAAGCCGUGUCGGGCAGGCACAAUUGCUCAGAUGAUCGUCCUUUUCCUUGAAAGAGGGGUGGACAUUCAUACCCAGGGACCUGACGGGGAGAGUGCAUAUGACCAUUCGAAACGCAAUGGCACUUGGAAAUAUGUGCCUAAAAAGUGGCGGGAUGCGACAAAUGAAUGA